GCGGCUCCAGCGGCACCAGAGGCGUCCGCGGAGCGAAGCGGGGAGCAGAGAGCGGGGGGCGCGUGCCAUCCGGAGCCGCGAGGGAGCGGACUGGCCAUGGAGGCGCCCCGGGGCCGCGGUGGGCUGGCGGCGCUCUGGUGCCUCGGGCUGCUGGGGGUCCUGGCGCGCGUCGCGGGCACGCACUACCGCUACCUGUGGAGGGGCUGCUACCCGUGCCACCUGGGCCGGGCCGGCUACCCCGUGAGCGCAGCUGACCGGAGGCCAGGUGGGCGCGAUGUGGACGAGUGCCAGGUGCACAACGGCGGCUGCCAGCACAGGUGUGUGAACACGCCAGGCUCCUACCUCUGUGAGUGCAAGCCCGGCUUCCGGCUCCACGCGGACGGCAGGACCUGCCUGGCCAUCAACUCCUGCGCCGUGGGCAAUGGCGGCUGCCAACACAACUGUAUUCAGCUCACGGUGACCCAGCACCGCUGCCAGUGCCGGCCCGAGUUCCAGCUCCAGGAGGAUGGCAAGCGCUGCACCCGGAGAAACCCGUGUACGGACCGGAACGGUGGCUGCAUGCACACGUGCCGGGCGCUCCGGGGCCUUGCCCACUGCGAGUGCCAUGCAGGAUACUGGCUGGCAGCGGACCACAAGGCCUGCGAAGAUGUGGAUGAAUGUGCCACAGGCCUGGCCCAGUGUGCCCACGGCUGCGUCAACACUCACGGGUCCUUUAAGUGUGUAUGCAACGCAGGCUACGAGCUGGGUGCCGAUGGCCGGCAGUGCUACCGGAUCGAGCUGGAGGUAGUGAGCAGCUGCGAGGCGGACAACGGCGGCUGCUCCCACGGCUGCAGCCGCACCAGCUCAGGGCCCGGCUGCACCUGCCCCCGCGGCUACGAGCUGGGCGAGGACCAGAGGACGUGCAUUGAUGUCGAUGACUGUGCCGAUUCCCCGUGCUGCCAGCAGGUUUGCACCAAUAGCCCUGGCGGCUACGAGUGCAGCUGCUAUGCCGGCUACCAGCUUGGCGCCGACGGCUGCAGCUGUGAGGACGUGGACGAGUGCGCCUCCGGCCGUGGCGGCUGCGAGCACCGCUGCACGAACCUGGCCGGCUCGUUCCGGUGCUCCUGCGAGGACGGCCACCUGCUGGACGAGGACCGCCGGGGCUGCAGCCCCCUGGAGGUGCCCGAGGUGGGCCUGGACGGCCACCUGCCCCUCGUGCGGCCCCUCCCGCACGUGGCAGUACUCCAGGACGAGCUGCCCCACCUCUUCCAAGAUGACCACGUCGGGGCCGAGGCGGAGGAGGAGGAGGAGGAGUUGCGGGGCGAGCACACGUUGGAGGAGAAGUUUGUCUGCCUGGACGACUCCUUUGGCCCAGAUUGCAGCUUGACCUGCGCUGACUGCAGGAAGGGGGGGACCUGCCUCCCCAGCCUGCGUGGCUGUGAUUGCCCCGAUGGCUGGACCGGGCUCGUCUGCAGUGAGGCUUGUCCCCCAGACACCUUUGGGAAGAACUGCAGCUUCUCCUGCAGCUGUCAGAACGGCGGGACCUGCGACCCUGUGACGGGGGCCUGCCGCUGCCCUCCGGGUGUCAGUGGAGCCCACUGUGAGGACGGCUGCCCCAGAGGCUUCUACGGCAAGCACUGCGGUAAGAAGUGCCACUGUGCCAACCGGGGCCGGUGCCACCGCCUCUACGGGGCCUGCCUCUGCGACCCGGGGCUCUAUGGCCGCUUCUGCCACCUGGCCUGCCCACCGUGGGCCUUCGGGCCGGGCUGCUCGGAGGAGUGCCAGUGUGAGCAGCGGAACACGCGCGCGUGUGACAGGAGGGACGGCAGCUGUGCCUGCAAGGCGGGCUUCGGGGGCGAGCGGUGCCAGGACGAGUGCCAGCCGGGCUUCUUUGGGCCAGGCUGCCGGCAGGCGUGCACCUGCCCCCCGGGGGUGGCCUGUGACCCCGUCAGCGGCCAGUGUGGGAAGCAGUGUCCUGCCGGCUACCAGGGGGAGGACUGCGGCCAAGAGUGCCCGGCCGGGACGUUCGGCAGGAACUGCUCAGGCUCCUGCUUCUGUGAGGGGGCCCCCUGCGACCGGGUCACGGGGCAGUGCCUGUGCCCUCCUGGGAGGACCGGGGCUGACUGUGGGGCAGAUUGUCCUGAGGGUCGCUGGGGGCUCGGCUGCCAGGAGAUCUGCCCGGAGUGCGAGCACGGUGCCUCCUGUGAGCCUGAGACCGGAGCCUGCCUGUGCCGCCCUGGCUUCAUGGGCAGCCGCUGCCAGGACACUUGCCCAGCAGGCUGGUUUGGGCCCAGCUGCCAGAUGCGAUGCUCCUGCAUCAACGACGGGCUCUGCCACCCGGUGACUGGCCGCUGCAGCUGCGCCCCGGGGUGGACCGGCCUCAGCUGCCAGAGAGCCUGUGACAGCGGCCACUGGGGACCCGACUGCAGCCACACCUGCAACUGCAGCGCAGACCACGGGAGCUGUGACGCCGUCAGCGGCCUGUGUCUGUGUGAGGCCGGCUAUGUGGGCCCGUGGUGCGAGCAGCGGUGUCCCCAGGGCUACUUCGGGCCGGGCUGUGGGCGGCAGUGCCAGUGUGAGCACGGGGCAGCCUGUGACCAUGUCAGCGGGGCCUGCACCUGCCCGGCCGGCUGGAGGGGAACCUUCUGUGAGCGCGCCUGCCCGGCCGGCUUCUUUGGAGUGGACUGCCACCACACCUGUGACUGCAGCACCGGGGUGCCCUGCGACGCCGCGAACGGCUCCUGCCUCUGCCCUGCUGGCCGCCGGGGCCCCCGCUGUGCCCAGACUUGCCCAGCCCACACGUACGGCCACAACUGCAGCCAGGCCUGCUCCUGCUUUAAUGGGGCCUCCUGUGAUCCUGUCCACGGGCAGUGCCGCUGUGGCCCUGGCUGGAUGGGGCCCACCUGCCUACAGGCCUGUCCCGCGGGCCUCUACGGUGAGGACUGUCAGCAUUCCUGCCUCUGCCAGAACCAGGGCACCUGUGACCCUGUCUCAGGCCACUGCACCUGCCCAGAGGGCUGGGCUGGGCUGGCCUGUGAGAAGGGGUGCCUCCCGGGGUUCUUCGGAGCCGGCUGCCAGCACGUCUGCGGGUGCCUCCACGGCGGCCUCUGUGACCGGCACACAGGCCACUGCCUCUGCCCGGCCGGCUGGACCGGGGACAAGUGCCAGAGCUCCUGUCCCAAGGGCACGUUCGGGGUUCGCUGUGAGGGGCACUGUGCCUGCCGGCGGGGGGCCACCUGCCACCACGUCACUGGGGCAUGCCUCUGCCCGCCGGGAUUGAGGGGCUUGCGGUGUGAGAAUGCCUGCCCGCCCGGCUGGUUUGGAGAGGCCUGUGCCCAGCGCUGCCAGUGCCCACCCGGCGUUGCCUGCCACCACGUCACCGGGGAGUGUCACUGUCCCCCAGGCUUCACUGGGCCCAGCUGUGAGCAGGGGUGCCCGCCCGGGCGGUUCGGGCCCGGCUGUGAGCAGCUGUGUGGGUGUCUCAACGGGGGCUCCUGUGACGCAGCCACAGGGGCCUGCCACUGCCCCUCUGGGUUCCUCGGAAGCGACUGCGGCCUCGCCUGUCCACACGGCCGCUUCGGCCCCCGCUGUGUCCACGUGUGCGGGUGUGGGCAGGGGGCGGCCUGUGACCCCGUGACCGGCACCUGCUCCUGCCCCCCUGGGAGGACCGGCGUCCACUGUGAGCACGGUUGCCCCCAGAACCGGUUUGGUGCGAACUGUGAGCGCGUGUGCUCCUGCAGAAACGGGGGCCUGUGUCACGCCGCCAACGGCAGCUGCUCCUGCGGCCUGGGCUGGACGGGGCUGCACUGCGAGCUGGCCUGCCCCGCUGGGCGCUACGGUGCCGCCUGCCGCCUGCAGUGCUCCUGCCGCAACCACGGCGCCUGUGAGCCCUCGUCGGGCGCCUGCCACUGCGGCCCCGGCUUCUACGGCCAGGCCUGCGAGCACCCCUGUCCCCCUGGCUUCCACGGGGCUGGCUGCCGGGGGACGUGCGAGUGUCAGCACGGCGCCCCCUGCGACCCCGUCAGUGGCAGGUGUCUCUGCCCUGCCGGCUUCCGCGGCCAGUUCUGCGAGAAGGGGUGUGAGCCGGGCUCGUUUGGAGAAGGCUGCAGCCGGCAGUGUGACUGCGAGGACGGGGUGCCCUGUGACCCCGUCACCGGCCACUGCCUAUGCCCCCCGGGGCUCACAGGGGCCACCUGUGACCUGGGCUGCAGCAGGGGCUUCUUCGGGCCAGGCUGUGCCUUGCGCUGCUCCUGCGGGGGUGGGGCUGACUGCGACGCUGUCAGUGGGCAGUGCCACUGCGUGGACGGCUACAUGGGGCCCAUGUGCCAGCAGGGUGGGCCCUCCCAGUUCCCUGAGACCGCAUCCCCAGCCCUGGGCCCAGUGGCUUCACAAUCAGCCUCUCACCGCCCCGGGCUCAGCAGCAGCGCAGAGAAGCACUAGCUCAGGGGCAGCCCCCGCCGAGGCCCGUCUCCCAGGGGCCGCUGAGAGGACCCAGGGGCCUUGGUGACCACUGAGGAGGGACGCCGGGGGCCGGGACUCUGGCCCCGCCCUUGUCUCCGAGGCCUGGGGACAGUCGUGCAGCUGCAAGGAUCGUCUGGCCACGAGGACGGAGGCCCUGCCCGGCCGGGCUCUGCAGCACCGGGGCACCAGCGCGGGGACCACAGUGUGGAGGAAGCCCCCCGACCGGCGCCCUGGGGUGGGACUGCGGGCAGGUGUGGGUGCAGGUGUGGGCGUGAGGCCCCCUGACCUCGGAGCAGGUUCUUCUGGUGCUAGGCCCGGGGACUGCUGCAGCUCAGCCUGUUUACCUGCAAACAGCUGGGCCGUAUUUAUAGAAAGGUAUUUAUGGGCAGCCAGACAUGCCCACUGCACCCCUGGGCGCUGGAGGGCUGCCCGCCUCCUGCCCAGCCCGGGAAGCCCUGACUCGGGACUGCGGGGCCCUGAGGGGCCUCUGGCUGGGCGCUUCGGUACCAUGUGAAACCCAGGAAGUUAAGAAAGGAGCAGCCACUUCCUCAA